AUGAGCCCGAGCAGGUCGAGCGCCGCGGCGGCGACGAUGAACGCGGUCUCGACGGCAAGGAAGAGGUCUCCCGGGCUGUCGAUGCGGAACAGUCCGAUCAUCCUGAGGUACAUCCAGUGGCUGGUGGCCGUGGCCGCCAGGGCGACGAUGGCAGCGGCCCGGAUGCCGAUCGAGGCCGCGGCGGCUGCGGCCGCCCGCGGCGAGCAGCGCCAGCGCCAGCGCCGCGGCGGCCGCCUGCGGCGCGCUGCACCACAGGAGCCCGCGCAGGAGGGCGAGCGCCGCGUCCACGACGUCGGCGCCCGUCAGCACGUAGUGCCGGACGAGCCACGCUGCUGGCUCCGGCUCCGGCUCCGGCUCCUGCACUCCGCCACCGUACCGCCCCGGACGGCUAACCUGGCAUUGGCAAGGUGGGCCGUGCUGGAGGUCGCGGAGGUUUUAGGCAGCUGA